AUACCCACAUUUCUCUCCACACCCAUCUUCCUCUAUUUCCCAUCUCAACCUUCCCAUCGCCCCCUUCUGCCCCUCCCUUACCCUUCUCUCUUUCCGAUUUCCUCCCCGACCUUCUCUCUCCUCCCUCUCUCUCUCUCUCUCUCUCCCCCACCAACAAACUUACCCGCCAAUUCUCUCUCUCCUCCGCUUUCUUUCAAAUUCUUGUCAAUUCCCAUACAAUCCACAUACGACAUACCCACCAAUCCGAAAGCUUAAAUCUUUGUUCUUGGUUCAUGAUAUCUGCAACGGAUCUGCUCUGUUUCUUGACAUUUCAUGAACUUUUGCUCCAAACCCAGCUCGUUUUUUGGGUGUUUUUCGAGGCAGACUAGCUGUCAACUUGUAUAUGCAACUAGGGUUUUGAAGGGGUCUCGGUUUUUCGGUAUUCCAGAUUUCUCUUUGAAGCUUGGUACUUUCUGGAACAGGUUUGUUAUGACACAAGUUAAGGAGGUGGGGUUUUGAAAUGUUAAAUUGCUGUGGCGAGGAAUAAUUCCUGUUGCAGGUUUGUUGUUUCAUUUCUUCUACGGCAAACCAUGAUGUGAUAGUGGGGCAGAACCAGCCGUUAGUGAUGGGAGGCCAUAGCCACAACUUGAUCCUUGAUCAGACCCAUGAACACGAGUUGGGUUUGGGACCCACCCAUGAGCAUGCAAUGGCUUUAGAGCAGACUCAUGAGCAAGAAGGGAAUAAAGGUCAAGGAUAUGAAAAUGGGAAUAACGGGUUAGCAGCGGACCAGAAGCCCGAACACGAAGGCCAUGAGUUGGUUAUUGCUGAGAAAAAUGGAUUGGCUGUCUCUGAGAACCAAGAAGUUGGUGACAAUAUGGAGUUGGCAACUGUGGAUGAAAGCCAUGAACUGGGGAUUGAACCUGCUGAUGACAUCAAUGACGAAAAUGGCCAGCUUGUGGUUACUCCUGUUAUUCAGCAACGUGCCAUUGCUAUGACCCCUGAUUAUGAGCUGCAUGUGGGACAGGAAUUCCCUGAUGUCAAGAGCUGCCGGAGGGCAUUGAGGGACACAGCCAUUGCCCUUCACUUUGAAAUACAGACAAUAAAAUCCGAUAAAACUCGUUUUACUGCAAAAUGUGCAAGUGAGGGGUGCCCAUGGCGCAUACAUGCCGCAAAGCUUCCCGGUGUGCCUACGUUUACUAUAAGGACUAUCCAUGAGGCCCACACAUGUGGGGGAAUCGCUCAUCUUGGCCAUCAACAAGCCUCAGUUCAGUGGGUUGCGACUUCUGUGGAGCAACGCCUUAAGGAAAACCCUAAUUGCAAGCCGAAGGAGAUUCUAGAAGAGAUUCACCGCGUUCAUGGUAUCACUUUAUCCUACAAGCAAGCUUGGAGGGGAAAGGAGCGUAUUAUGGCUACCAUGCGUGGAUCUUUUGAAGAAGGGUAUCGCCUCCUUCCACAAUACUGUGAACAAGUUAAAAGGACAAACCCCGGAAGCAUUGCCGCUGUUUAUGGGAAUGAAACUGAUAAUUGCUUUCAGCAUCUCUUCAUUUCGUUCCAUGCUUCUAUUUAUGGGUUUCUGAAUGCUUGUCGGCCGCUCCUUGGGCUUGAUAGGACUUUCUUGAAAAGCAAAUACCUUGGUACUUUACUUUUAGCUACUGGCUUUGAUGGGGAUGGUGCUCUGUUCCCUUUAGCGUUUGGUGUUAUCGAUGAGGAAAAUGACGAAAAUUGGAUGUGGUUUCUUUCGGAACUUCAUAACUUGCUUGAACUCAACACGGAAAACAUGCCAAGGCUCACAAUUUUGUCAGAUAGGCAGAAGGGCAUUGUAGAUGGAGUUGAAGCAAAUUUCCCUACUGCGUUUCAUGGAUUUUGCAUGCAUCACUUGAGUGAGAGUUUUCGUAAGGAGUUCAAUAACACUAUGCUUGUUAACCUUCUAUGGGAAGCUGCUCACGCCCUCACGGUAAUAGAAUUCGAGGCUAAAAGUCUCGAGAUCGAAGAGAUAUCCCAAGAUGCUGCAUAUUGGAUUAGGCGGAUUCCGCCUCGGUUGUGGGCCACGGCAUAUUUUGAGGGGACAAGAUUUGGGCAUUUGACAGCUAAUAUAGUGGAGUCGUUGAAUUCGUGGCUUCUAGAAGCCUCUGGGUUACCGAUUAACCAGAUGAUGGAAUCAAUUAGAAGGCAGCUUAUGACUUGGUUCAAUGAACGCCGAGAGACAAGUAUGCAGUGGACAUCAAUCCUUGUGCCGUCUGCUGAAAGGAGUGUUGCAGAGGCCCUUGAGCGAGCUCGCACUUAUCAGGUUCUUCGUGCCAAUGAAGCCGAAUUUGAAGUUAUAUCACACGAGGGAACAAAUAUUGUUGAUAUUCGCAACCGUUGCUGUCUCUGUCGCGGUUGGCAGCUUUAUGGUUUGCCAUGUGCGCAUGCUGUGGCGGCGCUGCUUUCUUGUAGACAGAAUGUUCAUAGGUUUACUGAGAGCUGUUUUACAGUUGCGACUUAUCGUAAGACAUACUCACAAACCAUUCAUCCAAUUCCUGAUAGAACUCUUUGGAAAGAGUUAUUGGAGGGAGAUCCAAAUAUAUGCACGGCAAUUGAGGUUGUUAUUAAUCCACCUAAAUCACUUAGACCACCUGGACGACCGAGGAAGAAGCGAGUGCGUGCAGAGGAUCGUGGCCGUGUGAAGCGAGUUGUGCACUGCAGCCGUUGCAACCAAACAGGCCAUUUUAGAACCACUUGUGCAGCACCCAUUUAGUUGGCUUUGGAUUGUUGGUGCCCUAAAUUCGGGUAAUAUCUGUUAACUAGGCAAGUAAUUUCUGUAGUUCUGUUUACUAUUUAUGGAGGACCAUCAGGGAUUGCAAGUUGCGACUCAGUGCUUUCUGUCAUUUGGCAUUAGGUUAUCUUAGUUCAGUUUCAGCUGUCCUGUUUGUGUAGAUCACCACAAUAAUACAUUUUCAUGGAGCUGUGUACUCAUUGUCUAUGUUCCAAUUCUAAGAGGUUAUUUUCUUGAGUUCCAGGUA